UGUUUGACCCCUUUUAGGAAACACAACCAUUAAAAUCCAAAUUUCAAAGAGACCCAUUAUUUCCAUCGAAAUUCCCCAAAACGCCCUCACUUCCAGGCCCAAAUUUGGGGAAAUUUCGAGCCCAUUUUGGUUAUUUCUCAACGCUGGUGCUCCGAUGGCGUAUCUUGUUGUUUUGAUUCCUUGUUCCUAUUUUACGUUUGAACCAGUAGCCAAGCAAAUGGUGUCAGAGGUCCAGUGUACGAGCCGCAGACAAGUCUUUUAAAAGUUUUUUGGUAAAAUAAAAAAAGGUUGAAGACUGAAGUGGGAAAAUAUGCAGAACUCAAAAACUAGAAAUGGGUCAUCAGACGCUCCUCAGAGGACAUCUCCAGCCACUCCUAAAUCGAAUCGAGCAACCAAGUCCGGUGCUGACUCAGACUCUUCCACCCCCAAACGCACUCCAACAAAAUUGCAAACUGACAAGAGCCCUAAAGUUGUCGAUCGCCGUUCACCACGAAGCCCAGCCACUGAGCAAAAGAGGCCAAGUAAGCUAGCUGAAUUAGAAUCCCAGCUCUCUCAACUCCAAGAGGAGCUAAAGAAAACCAAAGAUCAACUAAAUUCAUCAGAGUCAUCAAAGAAGCAAGCUCAAAAAGAAGCAGAAGACAUCAAACAACAACUCCAAGCCAUGACAGCAAAGCUGGAAGAUUCGCAGAACCAACUCAUGGAAUUCUCCUCAGCAGAAGAGUCCCGUCUUCAAGAACUUCGAAAGAUCUCUCAAGAUCGUGAUCGAGCUUGGCAAUCUGAGAUUGAAGCCAUACAAAAGCAACAUUCAAUGGAUUCAACUGCUUUAUCUUCUGCUAUGAAUGAUAUUCACAGGUUAAAGGCUCAGCUUGAAAUGGCUGCUGAUUCUGAAGAAGAACUAGUGAAGCAGUCAGAAAUAGCAAAAAAAGAAAUCACUUCGUUGAAGCAAGAAAUGGCUGAGACUCUUUCAAAUAUGGAGAAGCUCAAAAUUGAAGCAAGGAACAGUGAGAAAGCUGAAGCAGAGGCAGAGGCUAAAGUAGUUGAGACUCAACAACAGCUCGAAGUAGCGAAGGCCACAGUUGAGACUCUUCGUUCUGAAGGCGCAAAGCUCCUCGAGCUCUUCAGAUCUUCAAUCUCUGAAUUAGAAGAAUCUAGAGCUCAAGUUAUUGCACUUGAAGAAACUGUGAAGAAAUUGCAAGACGAUCAACUUAAUAUUGGUGAUUCUAUAACAUUUGGGUCUCUAGAGCAAGAAGUUGAACAACUGAGAUCAGCACUGCAAGCAGCUGAGAUUAAGUACGAAGAAGAGCAAACUCGGAUUGCUUCACAAAUUCGAUCAGCUUACGAAAUGGCUGACCAAGUAAAGAUCGAGUCUGAAGCAAGAGAACUAAAACUCGAAUCAGCAUUAAAGAAUGUGAAGGCCGAGCUUUGUGAACUGAAAGCAAGUCUACUCGACAAAGAAAAUGAACUUCAAGGCAUAUCAGAUAUGAACGAUGAACUAAGAGCCAACAACUCAGUUUCAGACAUCACAGAGCUCAAAGCAAACCUCAUGGACAAGGAAAACGAGUUACAGAGCAUUUCUGAGGAGAACGAGCUUCUGAAACUGGAGAUGGCAAAAAAGGAAGCAGACAACAGCAAGAAUUACGAAACUGCCAUUGCUGAGAUGGAGUUGGCGAAAGCCAAGGAAAAGGAAGCAACAAUGAAGCUUCAGUACAUUACUGAAGAUACUGAGAAGAAAACUGAGCAGCUUGAAGCAGCGAAAGUUCUGAACUCAGAGAUGGAAGUGGAGUUACGAAGGCUGAGGGUGCAGUCUGAUCAAUGGAGGAAAGCUGCGGAGGCGGCGGCUGCUGUAUUAACUACAGGAAACAAUGGGAGGUUUGUGGAGAGGACGAGCUCUUUGGAUGCAGAUUAUCAGUCGGUUGCAGGGAAGUUGAUGAACUCGCCGUUUUCUGAUGAUUUGGAUGAUGAAUCGCCAAAGAAGAAGAACAAUGGAGGUGGUGUUUUCAGGAAAUUUGGAUUGUGGAAGAAGAGCCCAAAGUGAAGACAAGGUUUACUUGCUGCUGGAAGUUGAGUAGGAAGGUUGAGGAACUACGUGAUAAAAUUUAUGGUACCCUUGCUUUUAGUCUUUGUUAUUAUCCCCUGAACUGCAAACUUUGGGAGCUCUAAAAGUAUUUAAAGUUUACUCUUUGUAUAAAUGUUUCCAGAUUUUGUUGGAAGAUAUAUUUAGUAGUAGGGUAGAUGAGUCUUGGGUACAAGAGCUUUUGGUUUAAAUUGGCAAUUAUGCAACUUGAGAUUAAUUGUCUGGUGUUUUAGUAUGAUUGUUUGCAUA